UCACUUGAAUGUAACUAUUGAACUACGGAAACCUUGGAACAACGAACGUGAUUGGGUGGCGGUUUCAUUGGAAUCAACCAAUUAAAAUAAUACAAACACAAAUACCUAUUCCAGAUUACCCACAUUCCCUUCCCUUCAAGAAAUAACUUCUUGGAAGUUAGAACUCUAUUCGAUUCUUCUUUUGGCAGUAGCAGUAAACAGUCAUUUCAGAGGACUAUUGCUAAUUUUGUUCUUAUUUCAUUAUUUCUACUUUUCUCGGUGUUGAUGUGUUGAUUACUUUCUCCGAAUUAUUGAAUCGAAUAAAAACUAUUUAAACUUCUUGUUUGAAAAUGGAUUCGGUAAAGAAAGAAAGUUCACUUUCAGAUCAUGGACAUAUUCUUCAGAAGUUAUUGCUAUCAAACCAUAAAUUGGCGCUCGACAUCUACAAGCAGCUGCUAAUUCACGAUGGUCCCGAGCGUUCUGGAAAUUUAAUUUUCUCUCCUAUCAGCCUGCAAAUUGCUCUGUUAAUGCUACUCAGUGGUGCGAAUGGAAAGACGGCAGAGGAACUCAAGACUGGGUUAAAUUUAAGAACUGAAGAAAAAGACGAACUCCUUCUGGGAACGAAACUCUUAUUGGAAAGCUUACAGAAUUCAUGUUUGAAAGUGGCGUCUAAGAUGUUUGUCGCUAAUAAAUUUCCGGUGAAGAAAUCAUAUGAGCAAUUGGUAAAGAACUAUUUUGAGCCCAUCUAUCGAAACGUCAAGUUUGCCAAAUUUCCGACUGAAACGGCAGAUUUUAUUAAUUCGUGGGUAUCUGAGAAAACAAAUAAUUUAAUUACUGACGUAAUUUCUCCUCGUGAUCUGGAUGAGUAUACUGUAAUGAUACUCUUGAAUGCUGUGUACUUCAAAGCAGAGUGGUCUCGCAAAUUUGGUUCUAUGUUAACAGAGAACGAAUCGUUUCAUGUGUCCCCUGACAAGUGUAUUGACAUUGCUAUGAUGACAAACCCCUACGAGUAUUUGGGAUAUUCGAAGCAAAAAUCGUUCGGAAUUCUUGAAAUUCCUUACAAGGACGGAAAGGAUUUGCGUUUCUUUGUUUUUCUACCUGAUGAAAUCAAUGGAUUGGCUCAAGUCGAAAAUACCUUAUUUGAAACUGAAUUCCAAGAAAUGCUCCGCGAAGUAAAACGUACUUUGGUAAGCUUGAAGUUACCCAAAAUGAAAAUUGAAGAAUCAGUCAACGUAAAACGCAUUUUAGGAAAACUUGGUAUGAAAGUGAUGUUCAACCCAUAUUGUGCGGACUUUUUUGAUAUGUUCUCUCGUGAAGAGGUUGAGGACGUUUUAUAUGUGGACGAUCUCUUCCACAAAGCUGUCCUGAAGGUUAAUGAAGAUGGAACCGAAGCAGCUGGUCUUACUUAUGGACAAUUGCGUGGCGGUGCUGAUUGUGCGCCAACAGACAUGGUAGACUUUCAUGUCAAUCGGCCAUUUAUUUUCAUGAUUUUACAAAAAGAUUCAAUCCUAUUCAUGGGCAGAGUUAUUAAUCCUCAGAAAUACUAAUCUCCAGUAAUUUCAACACGGUUAUUUCAAAAUUCAUAAGCUGUAGGCAAUAAGCAUAAUAAUAUUAUUAUAAGAAUUAUUAAUCAUCAUUUUUUUCUUUUUAUUACGUGUUUUUACUCAUUUUCCACGAAGCUACUCGAAAGUGAAAUUCGAAAUGGAUAGAGCAUAUAACACUGAAGUAUGCGUAUCUACGGUCUCUGCUCCCGUUCAAAAAUAAUUUGUUAUUUAGUGUUCUCAAAGUUGAGUUUCCUCGAUAUCGAGUUGAUGAGAUAACGUUUGAAUUUUCCAUUGUACUUUUAAGUAGUUGAGUAUGUAUUAUUUUAUUCAUUGUGCUUCGCUAUUUUUGUAUUUACUUGAUCAGAGAAGAAUAAAAUAUUGACGUAUUUUACGA